AUGCCGUCUCCUGGUCAGUCCUACACGACAGAUCCAGGCCACAUCAACAUCAUAUCUCCGCAGCCAAACCGCCCCGCAGACGCCAGAAGACAGUCGAUGGCAAGGCUGUCGUCGUCGAUGGCAAAUACGCCGGCGUCCUCGUACGGCUCGUUUGUCGACGACCCGACGAUCCUCAAGAACGUGUCCAAGCACCUCCCCACAGACCCGCAGAACGCACUCAAGUUGCCCUCGGGCGACAUCACCCGAGACCUAUACCAGUUGAACGCCCCCUCGGCCUUGAGAAGGUCAAAGUCAAUGUCCGGGAACGACGCUGAACGACGGGGCUCAAUGGCGUCCCAGAUGAGGUUGCCCGGCGGCUUCCGCAGGGACUUCAUCCAAAUGCAGAAGCAAAAAUUCGGCUACACGCUUUCCAAGCCAACGGUGUUCACGAAAAACUUCCUAGAGUUCCUCACGAUCUACGGACACUUUGCGGGUGAAGACCUCGAGGAUGAGGACUUUCUUGCCUGUGACUACGACACCAGCAGUCCGGACAAGGUCGACGAAGAGUCCCCGCUGGUGCAGGGGAACGGCACCCACACACUAGGAGGCUCGGCACUGAACGCCUCCAAAGAGACGGAAACACACAAGAGCUCCUCCCUCAAGGCGUUUUUCCUAUUGAUGAAGGCCUUUGUUGGAACAGGAAUUUUGUUUUUGCCGAAAGCCUUCAGCAAUGGUGGGUUGGCCUUCUGUGUCGUGUUGCUUGUCUUUUUCAGCGUGUUGUCCUACUACUGCUACCUAUUCCUAUCACAGUGCACAGCAAAAACAGGAAUAUCGUCGUUCGCAGAGUUGGGUAACAAGAUGUACGGGAAGACUCUCAAGAUCCUAAUUCUCAACUCGAUUGUAUCUGCACAAAUCGGGUUUGUCGCAGCAUACACCGUCUUCACCGCAGAGAAUUUGAAAGCAUUCUUGAAAAAUACGCUAGACUUGGAAUAUCCACUCUACUACUUUGUCAUUUUCGAGACGCUGUGUUUCGCCCCCAUGUCAUUGAUCAGAAAUAUCACCAAGUUGUCCUUGGCUGCACUCUUGGCAAACGUCUUCAUUUUGACUGGAAUUGCCACCAUUGUCUUUUAUGCAUCCAGGGACUUGAUAACCAAUGGGCCCGCUGAAGUAGUCAUGUUCAACAGUGACAGCUGGUCCCUAUUUAUCGGUGUGGCAAUAUUCGCCUUUGAAGGGAUUGGACUUAUCAUCCCUGUCCAGCAAUCCAUGCGUCAUCCGGAAGAUUUCCCGAAAGUCUUGUUGGCAGUGAUAAGCGUAUGUUGUGUGUUAUUUGUCAGUAUCGGAUGGCUAUGUUACAUCACCUACGGUGAGAAGGUUCAAACCGUCGUUAUUUUGAACCUCCCACAGGACUCAAUCGCAGUCAUCUCCAUCCAGUUUUUUUACGCCUUGGCCAUCAUGCUCUCGGUGCCACUACAGAUUUUGCCAGCAAUCAGAAUUAUGGAGUCGAGGUUGUUCAAGCGAAGACCGAGCGGAAGAGUUGAUCCGAAAACAAAGUGGCACAAAAACGCUUUCAGGGUGGGCAUCACCCUUUUGACGUCUGCCAUCGCCUAUCUUGGUUCAUCAAAUUUGGAUUUGUUUGUUUCCUUCAUCGGCUGCAUCGCAUGCAUCCCUUUGGUGUACAUGUAUCCGCCAAUGCUCCAUUUGAAGAUCGUUGCCAAGAACAACUUCGAAAAAGGGGUGGACAUUGUGUUGAUAAUACUGGGAGGCGUUGCGUUGGUUUACACGACCACCAUGUUGAUCUUCUAG